UUUAUUGGUGUCCGUAGUCCUUCGAAUACGGGUCCGCAGAUGAUGCGUGAUUUGGACGAAAUUUGUUACGAGAAAGUGCAUUACUUUGUGCGAGGAAGACAUCAGGUUCUAGUUUUCGUCACUGCACGGAAUGCAACAACGAAAUUGGCAAUGACUUUCAGAGACGAAGCUGCGAAAAAGGGCGAACUGGACGACUUCUUGCCAGUGAGCAUGGGCAGUGUUCAGUAUACCAAUGCUGCAAAGACGGUACAAUCAUGUCGGAAUAGUUUACUGAGUGAGUUGUUCCGCUUUGGCUUCGGAAUUCAUCAUGCGGGUUUACCGCGCCGAGAACGCUUAGUGGUUGAAAAACUGUUCGCAAAUGGGCAUAUCAGUGUGCUGUUUUGCACUUCCACGCUUGCAUGGGGCAUCAACUUGCCUGCACACGCCGUCGUAAUUCGGGGUACUGAAAUAUUCGACGCCCAAAAGGGAGCAUUUACGGAUAUUGGCGUACUUGAUGUUCAGCAGAUCUUUGGUAGAGCCGGCCGUCCGCAGUAUGAAAGUUCAGGAUCUGUAUCAAGUAUUGCUGAAGCAGUUGAAUGGCUGAAAUACACAUAUUUUUACAUUCGUGCCAAGCUCAACCCACUGUCUUAUGGCAUUUCGAGGAAAGAUUUAGCAGACGAUCCGAAUUUGGACGAAUAUUUGGCGAAGUUGGUCACUGGAGCUGCCACGAAAUUGGAUUUAAGUCAAAUGAUUCGUUUUGAUAGCUUAAACGGGUACAUGUCGUCGACAGAUCUGGGCCGGAUUGCUUCGAAUUUUUAUGUGAAAUAUGAAACGGUUGAUGUAUUUAUGAAUGGCCUUCAAGGACAGAAGCUGGAAGAAUUUAUGACUGAUGAUAUGAUACUGUCACUAAUUGCAUCAGCAAAAGAAUUCAAUCAGAUAAAGGUGCGAGAAGAAGAGACAGAAGAACUGGAGCAGCUUGCCGCGACUUCUUGUCCACUACGCUUGAAAAUGGGUGCACUCUCGACGGUGCCGGGAAAAAUAAACUGUCUAAUGCAGGCAUACAUAUCGCGUGCAUUUAUCAGAAGUUAUUCACUUCUUUCGGAAUCGAUGUUUAUUCAGCAGAACAGCAGCCGACUUUGUAGAGCAAUGUUUGAAGUUACGCUGAGACGUGGAUGGGCGCAGGCAGCGAAUGCAACUCUGGCAAUGGCGAAGUGCUUGGACCGGAAAGUUUGGCAGUUUCAAACACCUUUGCGGUAUCGUUUUUAUGCGUUUUGUGCUGUGUAA